CAAAAUAGCCACAACAGCGAACACGCCCUUCUAAAAACACCGUUUCAAUCUCUCCGGCUCUCUCUCUCACCAUCGGAUCCCUUUCUCCGCCAUAUAUUACUCUUUUGCUCAACGCCGCCACUUUCCUUAUUCAAUCGAAUCUUCAUCUUCUUCUUCUUCGCCUCAGUUUCCAAUCAAACUAGACCAGAUUUUUGUACUUGGAAAGCGAGGAGACUGUUGGUUUUUCCGUCUGCCGGAAUCGGCGCUUCCGGGAGAAGAUGUUAGGGUUUCCUAAUGGAAGCGGUGGCGAUGGAGUUGGAGCUGAGGAUUUAUCUCAACUCCAAUCUACCAUGCGCGCUAUUGAACUUGCUUGCUCUUACAUUCAGAUUAAUAGUAAUCCAGUUGCUGCUGAGGCAACCAUUUUGUCUCUUCACCAGUCCCCACAGCCCUAUAAGGCGUGUAGAUAUAUUCUUGAAAAUUCUCAGGUAGCAAAUGCUAGGUUUCAAGCUGCUGCAGCUAUUCGAGAAGCAGCUAUCAGGGAAUGGAGUUUUCUUGCCACUGAUGAUAAAGGGGGUUUGAUUAGCUUCUGCCUUGGCUAUGUCAUGCAGCAUGCUAAUUCAUCCGAGGGAUAUGUGCUUUCAAAAGUAUCUUCUGUGGCUGCACAGCUGAUGAAAAGAGGCUGGCUUGAGUUUACUCCAGCCGACAAGGAAGUCUUUUUCUAUCAGAUCAACCAGGCUAUUCUUGGUUCUCGUGGCUUAGAUGUGCAGUUCAUCGGUAUAAAUUUUCUUGAAUCAUUGGUAUCUGAAUUCUCACCCUCUACUUCAAGUGCCAUGGGUCUCCCUAGAGAAUUUCAUGAAAAUUGUCGCAAGUCACUAGAGCAAAACUUUUUGAAGACUUUCUAUCAGUGGGCAAAAGAUGCUGCUUUGAGUGUUACAAAUAAGAUUAUCGCAUCACAUUCUAGUGUCCCUGAGGUUAAGGUUUGCAAUGCUACACUGCGACUUAUGUAUCAAAUACUGAACUGGGAGUUUCGUUACAGCAAAGGUGGUGGCACAAGGGCCAGCAUUAAUGUAUUCUCUGACGGAAUUAGAGUUGAUAAUGCAUUAGCGAGAAAGACAGAAUGUGUAAUAGUUCAGCCUGGAGCUUCGUGGUGUGAUGUUUUGCUUUCAAGCUCACAUGUUGGAUGGCUGAUAAAUUUAUAUUCGUCGGUGAGGCAGAAGUUUGAUCUUGAAGGCUAUUGGCUAGAUUGUCCUGUUGCAGUCUCUGCUCGGAAACUUAUUGUACAAUUGUGCUCCUUGGCAGGGGAAAUAUUUCCAUCCAACAAUGCGCAGAUGCGAGAGCAGCAUCUGCUCCUCCUGCUGUCAGGGGUGUUGCCCUGGAUUGAUCCUCCUGAUGUCAUUUCAAAGGAAAUUGAAGAAGGAAAGAGUGGAAGUGAGAUGAUUGAUGGUUGUCGCGCAUUGUUAUCUAUCGGGACUGUUACUACUCCUGUUGUCUUUGACCAACUCUUGCGAUCAUUAAGGCCCUUUGGCACUCUUACACUCUUAUCUAUGUUAAUGGGUGAAGUUGUCAAAGUAUUAAUGGCAAAUAGUACUGAUGAAGAGACCUGGAGCUAUGAGGCACGCGAUAUCUUGCUAGAUACCUGGACCACACUCCUUGCUUCAAUGGAUGGUUCUGGGGGUAAUGCGUGGCUACCACCUGAGGGGAUGCAUGCUGCAGCUAGUCUCUUUUCAUUGAUUGUGGAAUCUGAACUAAAAGUGGCAUCUGCGUCAGGCAGGGGAACUGUUGAUCCGACUGAAACUUUGGAAGAGGUCUACUCUUUGCUGCUAAUAAUCGGUCAUGUACUUGCAGAUGAAGGGGAAGGGGAGACUGCCCUGGUUCCUGAUGCUGUGCAAUCUCAUUUUGUGGAUGUUGUUGAGGCAAAUAACCACCCUGUCGUGGUACUCUCAAGCUCGAUAAUAAAAUUCGCCGAGCAAUGUUUGGAUGCAGAAAUGAGAUCAUCGAUCUUUAGUCCUCGGCUAAUGGAGGCAGUCAUAUGGUUCCUUGCAAGAUGGUCUUUCACAUAUCUGAUGCUCGUUGAAGAUUGCAAUUUGGGUAGCAACCAGCUUCAGUCUCUCCCUUCCCGAGCAUGUUUAUUCACGUUUUUCAACGAACACAAUCAGGGGAAAUUUGUCCUUGAUAUAAUUGUCCGAAUCUCCUUGACAUCGCUCAUGUCUUUCCCUGGUGAAAAGGACUUGCAGGAGUUAACAUGUUUUCAGUUACUGCAUGCACUUGUUCGACGAAGAAAUAUCUGUUUUCACCUUCUAUCACUGGACUCCUGGCGUAACCUGGCAAAUGCUUUCGCAAAUGACAAAUCAUUGUUUUUGCUAAAUAGUGUUAGUCAGCGUUCAUUGGCUCAAACCCUUGUUCUUUCUGCUUAUGGAAUGCAAAGUUCAGACGCAUCAAACCAAUAUGUGAAGGACCUCAUGGCUCAUAUGACAUCAUCUUUAGUGGACUUGACCAAUAACAGUGACCUCAAAAAUUUGGCUCAACAACCUGAUAUUAUUAUGCUGGUGAGUUGUGUGUUAGAGCGGCUUCGCGGAGCUGCAAGUGCCACUGAACCCCGGACACAGAGAGCAGUAUAUGAGAUGGGAUUAUCUGUCAUGAAUCCUGUACUUCGUCUUCUCGAGGUUUACAAACAUGAGUCUGCAGUAAUUUAUCUUCUUCUUAAAUUUGUCGUGGAUUGGGUGGAUGGGCAAUUAUCUUACCUAGAGGCUCAUGAAACAGCCGUGGUUAUUAAUUUCUGCAUGAGUCUUCUACAAAUAUAUUCGUCUCACAAUAUUGGGAAGAUAUCAUUGUCUCUCUCGAGUACCUUGCUUAAUGAAGCGAAAACCGAAAAGUACAAGGAUUUACGCGCUCUGCUUCAGCUACUUUCCCAUCUGUGCUCAAAAGAUAUGGUUGAUUUUUCAUCUGACAGUAUUGAGACACAAAGCACAAAUAUAUCCCAGGUGGUGUACUUUGGUCUCCAUAUAAUCACUCCACUUAUAACUUUGGAACUCCUCAAAUACCCUAAGCUUUGUUUCGACUAUUUCUCCCUCAUUUCACAUAUGCUUGAGGUUUACCCCGAGACGCUCGCACAACUCAAUAAUGACGCAUUUAGCCAUGUACUUACAACAGUUGACUUUGGUCUUCAUCAGCAGGAUGUAGAUAUAGUCACAAUGUGCCUGAGAGCUCUAAAGGCUCUUGCUUCAUAUCACUACAAAGAGAAAAAUGCUGGCAACUCGGGUUUGGGUUCACACGCUGCUGGACACACAGAUCCAAAUGGAGUAUUCCAUGAAGGAAUACUGAGUCGAUUCCUUCGUACUUUGCUUCACUUCCUUCUUUUUGAAGAUUACAGUACCGACCUAGUCAGCACAGCAGCAGAUGCCUUGUUCCCUCUUAUUCUCUGUGAACCAAACCUUUACCAGGGAUUGGGAAACGAACUGAUUGAGAAGCAGGCGAAUCCGAACUUUAAAACUAGGCUAGCAAACGCGCUUCAGGUGCUCACAACGUCAAAUCAGCUAUCCUCAUCAUUGGACCGUCUCAACUACCAAAGAUUCAGAAAGAACCUCAACAACUUCCUUGUCGAAGUUCGUGGGUUUCUGAAAACUAGGUGACCGAAUUUUAGAACUUAUUUACUUUUUUACUUUUGGUAGAAGUGGCUUUUCCGUUUGUAACAAUUCAAUUUUACUUGAACUAAAUGCAAGCAAACCCAUAAUUAUUAGACAAAAAUGAAUAUGCUUUAUAAAAGAAAAGUGAUGGUCUUUUAAGCUA